UUGUAAAACCGAACGCGCACGAGCUCUCGUGUGACCGCAUUAGAUGUUCGGGGUGUGUCCCGGCGGAGAUCCAGCCUCGUCUUCGUGUAUCUAGGUCACAUGAUCCCGGCACGAGGAAAGAGAUGGCGGCUGCAAACGAUUCUCCAUUGGUGGUGGUCACCGGCGCCUCAGGCUACAUUGCAACACAUGUGGUAAAGCAGCUGCAAGAAGGUGGGUACCGAGUAAGGGGCACUGUGAGGAGCUUGCAGGAUGAGAACAAGGUGAAGCACCUUCAGGACCUGUGUCCAGAGGCUGCACACAAACUGGAACUUGUCGAGGCUGACCUAACCAAACCAGAGUCAUGGGAGGCGGCUGUCAAGGAUGCUGAGUUUGUGAUUCAUGUGGCAAGCCCCUUCCCUGCCCAGAGUCCCAAGGAUGAGAACGAAGUUAUCCAGCCUGCAGUUGAUGGGACACAGAGUGUGCUGAAAGCUUGUGUCACCACCAAAACUGUCAAAAGGGUGGUCCUCACAAGUUCUUGUGCUGCUAUUUCCUGGGGACCAUCAGCCAAUGCUGACAAGGUAUGCACAGAAGAGGACUGGACUGACCUGGAGAAGCUGGAUGCCUAUGCCAAGAGCAAGACGCUGGCAGAGAAAGCUGCUUGGGACUUCGUUAAAGAGUUGCCAGACUCGGACAAGAUUGAACUUGCCGUGGUGAACCCUGCCUAUGUAAUGGGCCCUGUUCUUCAUGGAUCACAGUGUACCAGUAUGGAGGUUGUCAAGUAACUAAUGGAUUCCAUGCCUGUUGUUCCAAAACUGAACUUCCCGGUGGUGGAUGUGCGGGAUGUUGCUACUGCCCACAUCAAGGCCAUGGUCACCCCUGAGGCUGCAGGGCAUCGCCACCUUGCUGUUAAUGUUAACAUGUGGAUGAAAGAAAUGGCGCAGGCUCUUGCUAAAGAGUUCAAACCUCAAGGUUACAACGUCCCCACCAUGAACUGCCCCUACUUUGCACUGUGGAUGACAAGCCUGUUUGACAAGACCAUCAAGAUGAUUCUGCCAAAUGUAAACAAGGUCUACAAGUUUGACAAUACAAGGAUGAAGGAUGUGCUGGGCAUCACUCCACGAGAGACGAAGGAGACGUUGAUUGAUAUGGCCUACAGCAUGAUAGAGGGAGGUUUCAUCAAGAAGUCCAAGAAGUAUAAGGGCCCCAAUGCUGGAGGAGAUGAGGAGGCAAACAAGGAGGAGGAGAAGAAGGAAGAGGAGAAGGAAGGAGAAGAGAAGCCAAAGGAGAAUGGAGAGAUCAAGGAAGAGAAGGGAGAUGAUGAUCUGAAGAAGGAAGAUGGUGAGAAGGAGGAAGAGAACAAGGAGGAGGAGAAGAAGGGAGAAGAGAUCAAGGAGGAAGAGAAGACUGAGGAAAAGAAGGAAGAAAACACUGAGGAGAAAAAGGAAGAAAAGACUGAAGAAGCUCCAGCAGAGAACAAAUAAAAUGGCUUUUUGUCAGGAAUUCUGUGUCAUCUCUACCUUCAGUGCUGCAGCCAGGUUUAUGAGCAACCAAUCUAUUUCAUCACACAAGAAUCAUCUGUCUUUCCAGGGAAGAGGGAUGGUGAUCAACACACGCUUGGAAGUCAGCAUCCACACUAGCUGCUUGUGAUUUCUGUAGGGAAGUUUCUGCUAUGGCCUGGCUGCAACAUUGUUCCAUUGAAGCAUUUACUGGACUAGAAAGGAGGGAGGAAGUUAUCACAAUGUGGCCAUAUUUUUGUGCAGCUUUGGUUAGUGUGACUUUUAAUUCAAUCCAUCUCUUCAUAUAAUUAAUUAAUGAAGCAUAUUUGACUACUGUGACCGUAGCUGCUAUCACAACUUCACAGGCAGUCAUUCUUGACUGCGGUGACACCACUGUACCAGCUGUUUUGUGCCUCCAGUAUUCUUGAAUAAUAUUCAUGUACAUCAUCCUGUAUUACAUAUGUCUAGCUCUGCUGAUGAUAAUUGCUGAUAUUGCUUAAUAUGUCGGUUUUGAUGCUUAUUCUGUUUUUGUUUCAUAACAAAGGUUGUUGAGCUCAAUUCUAAAAAACCAGCAGCAUGGACAACAUCUGGUUUGAUGUACCUGCUCAAUCUACCAAUGGUACAGAUUUACAACUAUUAUAUUGAGUGGAUUCUAGAUAUUGCCACUUUAUGUCAGUGCCAUACUGUUGCUUAACAAGUAUGUUGAUGUUGAGAACUUUCCCUCAGAUUUGUAUGAAGGUGUGGUUAACACUAACCUCUGGCUGAUGUCAGGUCUUCUACACCACUGUGCUUGGGUUGUGUCUUUCAACAAGUCAGUAACAUGUCUGUCUGAAGCAUGUUAGUGUUUAAUAUUACUCAUGAUGCUUGUGUCCAAAGUGAUAUAAAAUUGUGCCAUUGAUGUCUUGAACGGUAUUAAGAUAUGAGUGUUCCAGCUGAUUGUGCUUGAAGGUAGUAGUAGUAGUGGCCAGCAAGACAGGGUUGACUAGAUCUAGAUGAUGCUGUGGUCUGAAAUCCAAUGGUAUGUUCAUUUCAAGUUAUCACAACUUAGGGAUCACUUUGGGUUCACCUUUUGCAAUGUUGGCAGCAUUAUGAUAAACCAGUGCAUUGUACUGAUGUAGUUGUAGAGCAGAAAACCUUCCAUUGCUGUCCUGCUGUGUUGAUUAUCAAUGAUGCAGAAACACAGGAGGGUACACACAGAUAACAGUCUGGCAAGGCAGUCUUAUAUGGACAAGGAUAAUGGUAGCCUGAGUUUCAGAUUUGAGGUGAUCCCCUCUAGAGAGUGUACAGUUCCCUAUAUGACUGCCCAAAGCUUGUGUCGACUGCCUGUUCUGUUGAGUCAGAUCACCUUAGAUAGAAACGCUUUCCCUGGCCUGCAGGUUACCUUCGUGAUGUCAACAUGCUCACUGUCAGUGGAAGGGUUUCUAAUGGGUUGCAUUCCCUAAUGAACAAAUUGACCAUGUCAUGUGACCCCUAGUAUUUUUAGACAACAAUGACUUAAUCCUGGUUCUGACUUACUGGAGCAGGAACUUCCUCAGUAGAAGGUUUUCUGUGUGUAGGAAUUCUACUCCAUCGAGCCACCCACCUACAUGACAAGGAGCUUUCUCAAGAUGUCUAGUAAUUGUUCAUCAGAUCAUGCAGUAACUGUCCUCAUGUGGUAAUUGUGUCUUGGCAUAUAAUGCAAUGAAAAUGUGGUGAUGGUGGUAAUGAAAACUCCAUCAUCAAGCUAUAUCUACAUCUGUUUUGUGAUGUUUUUCCUAUUGUACAUCUUGAGAAGCGUGUGUAGAUGUUGGCGUGGCUCUAUGGAGAAGGCAGGGACCAAGGGGGUGUUAGGUAGUUCAUAGCAGGCCUAACUAGCAAUCAAGUGUUUUCACAAGAGGUGCAUUACCUCUUCAUGCAUCCCUAUUCUACUUAGCUUAUUUUCUGUUUUACAUAUUUUCAUGCGGUAUUUUGUACAAUAUAUAUUCUCAUGUUUCUUUACAACAUGACACUUUUUCCCUUUCACCUGUACUGAUGUUGAUAUAUAUUUUUUUUUAUUUUGCUAUCUUUUGGGCUCAGUGUUGCCAGAAUUUAUACACCAAAAGUCAAUUGUGUCAUAAUUCUGGACAAUACCUUCUACUUAAAGGUCCCUGUUUCAUUAUUGCAGUUAAAGGUUCUAAAAUCUAUAUUGGAUAAAGUCUACUAUCCUUUGGCUUCUCAUUUGCUCAGAGAAAGCAUAUUUUAUCUGGAUAUCUUUCAUCCUUAACAUCUCAGUAGAUGUGUAACAUGGGGACAUAUGUCAGGUUAGUGUAACUAUUUACAUCCACAUCUUGCUUUUUUCACAUUACAAGUGGCCUUUUCCAAAUGUCGGAGAUGGCGUUGGAGAGACAAUCGUGGUUCCAUGACUGUUACAUGAUGGUGGGGUGAGAGAUGUGUGCCCAGAAGGUGCUUUGCUAUAACAUAUGUACAGUGCUGUUACAGUAGUGACUACAUGGUUUAGUGAGUGUGCUAUAGCUAGUAGUCUGCCACAUCAAAUAUCAUGCCAAACAAUCGGGUUGGAGAGCUCAGCCCUCAACUACUUGUAGAAGGUGCCAUUGACUGACAUGCCAUCAGAUCUCACCUAUAGUCCAGAAUGAAACUGUACUGUUUCAUAUAACAUUGACAGCCUUAAAAUGUGGUUGUGGCAUAAUGUGGCCUACCCUUGUAUCUCACCAGCUGUAGUGGAGACCUGAUGGCUGUCUUCCUGCCAUGUUGUAGAGCACAGAACAGUUGACAGUAUUGUACUCCUAUGUUCAUAUUAUUGUAGCUUUAGUUAUUAAUACUCAACCAUGUAACCCACUUCUGGUCAGUUUUGUAUCCAUGCAUUAUUUUUGCUAUUUAUUUUUAUCAACUUUGCAUAUACCUCUACUUCUGAAGAGAUUUUGGACUUGCCAAUACAUUUUGAUAGUUUUAAGCAUAUUUUUAUGAUGUCAUCAAAAUAUCAAUGUGCUAUCUUUUUAUACAUGUAUAUCAUCGUUUCAAGCAUUUUGGUAUUUUGUAUAAAUUGCAUUACAUUCCAAAUCAGGCACCAGUAGGUAUUCUCAUGUCCCUCAACCGGUGGAUCCCUGGGACAAGCCAGCCUAUCACCAGUGGUUACCAGUUAGUAUACAGAUGGUGUAUAUAGUUUGUUUAAACAUUCAUACUUCGGAGAGUUUAAAGAAUUAACAUUUAGAAUCAUGUUUUAGAAUUCUACUUACAUGUAAAGUGAGGGUGGUUAAAUGUCUGAUCUCAAAAUGAGGACAGUAAACAGUUGUAGUGUCCUACAUAAUUGAGCAUAAUGCCUGGCUUGUGCCCAGCUAUUGAGGGGCUUAGGUUGAGGUAACAGUGGUCCACCGGGCGGAGGGGGACAUGCAGGGUGUCCACACACCUGGUUCAGGUUGAUGUAUCUUGCACUGCCAAAAUGCCUUAUUUGACUGGCCUCUUGCUUCCACUGUGUCAGCUUUCAGCAUCUUUCUCUACUGCUCAAUCAAAUGUGCAUAUUUGUGAAAUAAAAAUUUCUGAUUUGGAAAA